GCCGCGGCACUUCACCGCCGGCUUAAUGACGAUCGAAACUAGGAUACCGAUACAUAAUGGUCUAUACACAGGCGCUUGUCUUUGGAAAGAGUAUACCUAUGAUGUCGGAGGAGGAUAAUGUAGUUCACUUUCUAAGGAGGUUUGUCGAGCAGUUUACGUCCAGUGGAAAAAAAGAUACAGCUUUGUCGAAGCUUAAAGAGCGAUACGAAAAGAGUAAGAACUCCGGUAUGGACUGGCUGAGCUCAGGGGCAGAUGUGGAGCAGUUUGAAGAGAGCCUUCAGGUGGAGCUGAUAAGGCGUAUUGAGCUCUGCCUCUCUGAUGCCAAGCUGUCCCGCCUGCAUUGCCACCAGCUACAGCUGCCCCGGCAGCUCACGACACACGUCGCCCGGGACAUCCUGCGCUGCUCUGCUGACGAGCCCUGUGGACUACGGGGGGCGAUCAUUCAGCUGUUCCUGGAGACCAAGGGGGCACUGCAGCCCGUGGGCGGCCUGACUCCUGAUCACAGCAUCACCCCCACUUUCGAGCUGUCCGUCGUGUUCAAGGCUGACGUCGAGGGCUGGCCUGCUCUGAAGCAGCUGUUCGCCACUGACAAGGCACUUCGGCUCUGUCCUGGUUACAGACUGGUCAAAAGGAAACUCUACUCCUCUGCAAGUCCUGUCAUAAGAGACUUCAUUUAGAGCAACAUUAAUUAUAAAUGGAAUUGUUUACGCUACAAGAACACACUAAUGAGCCCGUUUGUCUUGAGGGGUAGUGGGAAAGUACAUUCUAAGCACCAUCUUUAAGGUCUACUGUUGUGUUAUAUUUGAAAUGUUAUUUUAAAUGGUGCAAACUGGUAAUCUGGUCAAAUCUGUGACAGCUCAUGGCUAGACAAUGACUACAGCCUUAUUCAAAGCCAACAACCAGUCAACCUCUGGAGUUACUUGUCUUACUGUUAUGUGCAAUGUGUUGGGUAUGUUAGUGUUACUGCCAGUCACCUGAUCCAGGUGUGAGCUGUGAGUUGUGAUGCGUCACGCAGUUACUAAUGCUCGAGGCUGCUGGGGGUGGGGGGGGCAUGCCUGGACGUCACCGUUCUAGAAACAGCUGCUGUGUGUGAUGUGGCACAUAUUAAUAUGGCUCAGGGGGAGUGAUUUGAAUUCAUUUGAAUGUUUGGUUGUGCUUUGGGUUUGGAGGAAGUUGCCUGUUUUCGGUGUCCUGGCUGACUACCUGGAGACCAAAAAGUAUAAAUGUCAGUGCACUUUUGGGUGUCACCUGCAUUUUGUGAAACCAUGGAAACCUCAAUGUCAGGGCAAGCUGGUCUUCCCUGUCUUUCAGUGUUAUUUAUUUCAGUAUUGAAUUCACAAAUAAACGUGUUUUUGAACAAAAAAAA